AAAAAAUGGAAAUACAAUUUCCUUUCACCUUCACAAAUGCAAUCCUUCUCCUAUCCUUCAUCUUUUUCUUCAUCUACAAAGGAUACCGAAAAUCGAGAAACACAACUGCAAAAUUACCACCAAGCCCCUGGAAACUACCCCUAAUCGGCCAUCUCCACCACAUAGGCAAACUCCCGCACCGCUCUUUUCAAAAACUCUCCGAGAAACACGGACCACUCAUGCAUGUCAUGCUCGGAGAAGUCACCGCGAUAGUCGUCUCGUCGCCUGCCCUAGCCAAGCAGGUACUCAAGGCACACGACCCUACCUUCGCCGACAGGCCGGUGACGAUAGCAGGCGAAAUCCUCUGGUACAACUCCUCCAACAUCUCCUUCAGCCAGUACGGCGACUACUGGCGGCAGAUGCGGAAAAUCUGCAUCCUCGAACUCCUCAGCGCCAAGAACGUCAAAUCGUUUAGCUCAAUACGGAACGACGAAGUCUCCCAGUUAAUCGAAUCAAUCAAGAUUUCAUCAUCUACUGUUGAUUUGACGGAGAAGAUUUUCGGGAUGACGAGUUCGAUUACAUGCAGAGCGGCGUUUGGGAAAGUGUGCAAGGAUAAGGACCAGCUGAUCGGAAUGUUUAAGGAAGGGAUAACUUUGGUUAGCGGAUUCGACGUGUCGGAUCUUUAUCCUUCGUCGAAGAUGCUAAAGGCGCUGAGCUGUAAUAGGAUGAGGCUGAUGAAGAUGAGGCUGAAACUCGAUCUGAUUCUUGAUGACGUCAUCGACGAGCAUAGACGGAACCUCGAAAAGAUAGUUUUUGCCGACGAGGAGAAUUCCGAGAGGCGGGGUAAUGGGGAGUUUGGGAAUGAGGAUUUGGUUGAUGUUUUGUUGAGAGUUAAGGAAAGUGGUGAGCUUGAAUUUCCGAUCAGUGAUGAUAACAUCAAAGCUGUCAUUUAUGAUAUAUUUGCAGCAGGAACAGAGACAUCGUCGACAACAAUCGACUGGAUAAUGGCGGAGCUCAUACGAAACCCUAGAGUGAUGUCAAAACUACAGACAGAAAUACGAGAAACAUUCAAAGACAAUCCAAACUUCGGAGAAUCCGAUGUUCAGAAGCUGAAAUACCUAAAGUUAGUGAUCAAGGAAGGAUUCCGGCUCCACGCGCCGAUCCCGUUAAUCCCACGCGUUUCACGCGCGGACACCGAAAUCGAAGGGUAUGUCAUCCCAAUCGGAGCCAAAGUGCUGGUGAAUGCGUGGGCCAUGGGGAGAGACCCGGGUCUUUGGUCCGACCCGGAAAGAUUCGAACCGGAGAGAUUCGAAAAUGACCCGAGAGAUUUCACCGGGAACGACUUUGAGUAUAUUCCGUUUGGUGCUGGAAGAAGAAUGUGCCCUGGGAUGACGUUUGGUUUAGCGAGUGUUGAGCUGCCGUUAGCGCACCUUCUUUAUAGUUUUGACUGGAAAUUGCCCGCCGGAAUGAGCUCCGGCGACCUGGAUAUGACUGAACGGCCGGCGAUCACGGCGGCUAGAAGACAAAAUCUGGAAUUGGUCGCCACCCCGUAUAUAUAUGAUGGUGGGUUCUCCCUAUAGACGAUGGGGAAUUAUAUUUUGUCUGUUUAUUGAUGUUUUCUUUUGGAAAAUUAUACUUUUUGCCCCUGAAGUUUAACUCGUUUCAUAUUUGGUCCCCUAUGUUCACAAAAAUCAAAUUUUGUCCCUCGUGUUUCAAUAAUUUAACA